CCCACACUUUUCUCCUUCCUCGCAAACAUAUCCUUUUUCUUCUUCUUCUUCUUCUUCUUUCUCUUAUCUCUUUUUACUCUUUACCCUCACCCUUUUCUUCUUCUACUCUCGUAUAAAACCACAAUAUGGCCAGUGAAGAAACCCUUCCUCAUCGAGAAGGUCUCACCACUUCGCAUCAUGACUGGACUAUGAUCCAAGUCGGUAAACUUGUCGAAAAUCAGAAUGUUAUUAUUAUUGAAGCCAACACAUCGGUUGAAGAUGCAUGCGAAGUGCUCUUCAAACAUGGAAUCAGUUCAGCACCAGUUUAUGACUCGGAACGGGAGACCUAUGUAGGCAUGUUCGAUUAUAGUGAUCUGAUGGCCUAUAUUCUCAUCGCCCUCAAGAAGACAGAAGUCCCGACUGAAGAACAAACCCUGAGCAUGCGUGAUCUGAUUCAAAAAACCAGACAUAGCCAAAAUGUCCCAGUAAAAUUGGCCUCUGACCUCUCUGGAAAGGAUCCAUUUUGUACAGUCCUGGCUGAGACAAGACUCGGAGCAGUCAUCUGCGACUUUGCUACCGGUAUUCAUCGAGUUGCUGUUAUCGAUUCUACUGGCCGUCUCAUUGGAGUUUUGUCACAGUCUUCUACAUUGGAUUAUCUCCUGCGUCAUUUGAGUGAAUUCCCUCAACUGCAACAUAUAAUGCACCAAACUUUGCAUCAAGUUGGUCUCUCUAAUAGCAAGGUUCUCUCUGUUAAUGGAGACGUCCAGGUGAUAGAGGCGCUAAUAAUCAUGAGCAAGCAUAAUGUAUCUUCACUUGCUGUAUUGGAUGAACAAGGCAUCCUUCUUGGGAACAUCAGUAUGACAGACAUUCAGCUCAUAAUGAAGGAGUUGAGGACGUCAUGGCUCUGGCUUAGUUGUUUUCAGUUUGUAUCCAAAGUUCGAAGAUCACAUGGAGUGGAGACAGGUGAAGAUCUUUACCCAGUCAUAGACGUGAAUGAGAAAUCAACAUUUGGAUAUGCGCUGUCGAAACUGCAAGCGACCAAAGUGCAUCGUCUAUGGGUGGUCAAUGAUAUGGGAUUUGCCGUUGGAGUAGUCAGUCUGACAGAUGUGUUCAAGAUCCUCAGCAAGCUUGUUUGAUUGAGGAAACC